AUGCUCAUCGCGCACUCGAAAACAAAGGACUGGGACGUCGAGCGCCGCUUGAACGGAUUUUCGUAUGUGCAGGGGUCUGGCGAUGACCACGAGCUAUGGGGUAUGGGCCUGACUGCCGAGCUCUUCUGGAAGCAUGAAGACGCGCUCCUCAGCACCUCGCGAGAGGAGCUCCCGGAACUCGUCCAGGAAAUUUUCGAGCGAUCCAAGACUCGUAAACACCGCGAGACAUGGAAAACAUUUCCUACUCCCGUCAGGGUGACGAACGGACGGCUGUACGUCGGCAACGCUUCCGAUAUGCCCUCGGACGUUCCCAACACCCUGGCUGAUGUGGAUGGUCGUGUAUCCUUCAUCGUCGUUUCCGCGACAGCUCACGUUCCCCAGACCGACACGCCAGCAGCAGAACGCGUGGAUGGGAACCAAACACUGCCGGACCAACACGUCCUCCGAUUCAAGCUCGCGGAAGGGAAGAAGGACCAGCUUGCGUUCCCCCAGAUUCAUCGAGAAGCGUUCCCAGCGAGGGGAUACCGUCUGCGUAUGCUGCGACUCGGGCAAGGACGCGAGCGUUGGCAUCGCCCUCGCCGCGCUGCAGCUGUUCUUUGA